ACAGUUCGGGUUCAAGUUGUGUAAUUUACGCGGUUUCAGUCGAGUUUUACGCAAAAUGCUUUGGUUUUUUCUUGUGAUUUUUUAUUAGAUUGAAAGAAAUUGUGGUGAACUUUAAGUUUGAACGAUGAGGUUACUGAAAUUAGCUGGUUCAGGACCAUCUUUUGCCAGAUAUUCACUCGGAAACAGAUCAACAUGGCUCCGGAAGUUUAGCUCCGCAACCGGCGUGAAUCUAUCGGACCGCGACCUCACGUCCGCCAUGAAGCUGGAUAUGGAGCGCAAGUGGCGCUCAAAUCUGGGCGACGCCCGGUUUGAUCCGGCGAGCGAAGCCCCGAAGCGGUACGUGCUGGCCAUGUUUCCGUACCCGUCCGGGAAUCUGCACAUGGGCCACGUGCGUGUGUACACAAUUAGUGACGCGAUGGCACGGUUCUAUCGGUUGAACGGGCUCAACGUGCUGCAUCCGAUGGGUUGGGACGCGUUCGGAUUGCCAGCGGAGAAUGCGGCCAUUCAGCGACGGAUUCCGGCGGAUCGGUGGACCAAGCAGAACAUUGGCCAGAUGAGGGAGCAGCUGGAGAUGUUGCAGUUUAGUUUCGACUGGGGGCGCGAGUUUGCGACAUGCGAUCCGGAGUAUUACCGGUGGACGCAGAAGCUGUUUUUGAUGUUGUUUGAGGAUGGGCUGGCUUACCAGAAGGAAGCGCUGGUCAAUUGGGAUCCGGUGGAUGAGACGGUGUUGGCGGACGAGCAAGUUGAUGAUAAUGGGUGCUCCUGGCGUUCCGGGGCCAAAGUGGAGAAGAAGGUGCUGAGGCAGUGGUUCAUCAAGACGACGCGAUUUGCUAAAUCGCUGCUUGAUGGGCUGUCCGAUCCGACGCUGGAAGACUGGAAAGAUAUAAUAAAGUUGCAGAAACAUUGGAUCGGUGAUUGCGACGGGUACACGUUUGAGCUGAAGGUUGUUGGUGAAGACCGGAGGGUUCCAAUUUGGAGCCAAGAUCCGAAGCAUUUGAAGGAAGCGCUGUUUGUGGCGAUAAGUCCAGAGAAUCUGCUGAAUAGUUCCAAGAUUACUGGAGGCAAAUUGCUCCUCACAUUGGAGAAUCCAAUUUCAGGAAGACCACUUCCGGUUAUCGUAACAGAAAAUGUCAAAUUCCCCGAAGGCAACGACUUCUACUUGGGCGUAGCUUCAGUUGAAGAAGAUCGUCAGCUAGCCGAAUCCUUCCAACUUACGACAAACGUAUCAAAUGCUGAAGAUUCCUCCAACGAAAACAUUCUUCAACUAGUCAAAGAACACAACCUUGGCGCCUACCCGGUUAGCUCGAAGCUCCGCGACUGGCUCAUCUCCCGACAACGCUUCUGGGGAACGCCAAUCCCAAUCAUCCACUGCCCAAGCUGCGGAACCGUCCCCGUUCCAGACUCGCAACUACCAAUCGAACUCCCGCUCGACUCCGUUGGCAUUCCUCUCGCUCAAAAUGCCCAAUGGCUCGCAACGACCUGCCCCAAAUGCCAAUCCCCGCAAGCGAAACGCGAGUCCGACACGAUGGACACCUUCGUCGACAGUUCCUGGUACUUUCUCCGUUUCCUCGACCCCAAAAACGAACAGGAUCUCUUCAGUCCCAAACUCGCCCACCGUCUCAUGCCGGUAGAUCUCUACGUCGGGGGGAAAGAGCACGCCGUCCUGCACAUGUACUACGCGCGCUUCAUGAACCACUACCUGCACAGCAAGGGUCUCAUCUCUUCAUCCGAGCCGUUCAAACGUCUACUCGUGCAAGGCAUGGUCAUGGGGCGCUCGUUUCGACUUAAAGGCAGCGGCAAGUACAUUCCGGCGGCCGAGGUCGAUCUGGUGGACGAGAAGAAGAACAAAGCCGUGGAGAGGGCGACGGGAGCGCCGGUGGUGGCGCUAUGGGAAAAGAUGUCCAAGUCCAAGCUGAACGGCGUCGAUCCGCUAGAUGUGCUGAAGAAGCACGGCUGCGACACGCUGCGGUUAAUUAUGCUGGCCGAUGUGGCGCCCACCUCGCACCGGAACUGGUCGGAUGCAACCUUUCCCGGCAUCCUGAACUGGCAGAAGCGCAUCUGGAUGACGAUGCACGACUACCACAAGCUCCGCUCGGAAUCCGCCCUGUCCCCUCCGGACUCCCCCGAAUUCCGCGCGGCAGACCUCAAACUGUGGGACGCGCGCAAUUACUUCACCGCGGGCGCCACCUUCAACUACCGCCACUCGCACCAGCUGAGCGUGGGUAUCUCCAAGAUGCAGGGCCUCACCAACGCCAUCCGGAGGGCCCCACCCGAGGUGGUCACGUACGGGGCGCACUACGAGCGCGCCAUCGCCGCCCAGAUCGUGAUGUUGGCCCCGAUGGCACCGCACUUUGCCUCCGAGCUGUGGCAGCGGUUUGUGGCGCUUCCGGGGCGGAUCAACGGGGAGUGCGGGGAGAUUCGGUGGGAUCGGGGCGUGUUUGAGCAGCGGUGGCCCGUCGUGGACGACGAGUACGGGCUGGAUUUGACGUUCAAGGUCAACGGGUUCGAGUGCUGCGUGCUCAAGAUUCCAACCAGAGAGCUCAACCAGCUGACUCACGAGCGUUCGCGCGAGCUGGCAUUCCAGCAGGACGACGUGCUCGGCUACAUUGGGCUGCGAAAGGUGCGCGCCACCGACUUUGUGCUCUAUCCCGGCUGUGAUGCGAUUCUGAGCAUAACGCUGGAGCAGCUGUCCAAGGAAGACAAACGACAGCUCGAGGGCGAGGGCAAACUGCUGGCCAGUAAAAAGGACAAAAAGAAGAAGAAAAAGCAGAAGCAAUCGGUGCAGCAAUAGUGAAUCUAACAGUUGAUUGUUUGUGAAAAGUUUA